ACCCUCAACUCACCUUCAUUAGCUAGCUCAAGCAUUCAUUUGAAUAAUCAUAUACAUAAAUGGAGUUCUCUAAGAUCAUUUUUCUUUCCUUACUUUUACUGCUUCCCUAUGCAAACUCAGUUUCCUUCAGCUUCAACACAUUCUAUCCAAACAUAGGAGGCAUAUCCUACCAAGGUGAUGCAUUCGCUUCUCCUGGAUCUCUCCAACUAACAAAAAAUCAAAUAGACAAUAACCUAACUUACAGUGCCGGUCGUGUCUCCUACGUUCUACCAAUCCACAUCUGGGAUUCUUCAACAGGAAAACUAUCAGAUUUCACCAGUCGUUUCUCUUUUAUUGCUAAGGAUGUUAAGGACUGGACGAUCUAUGGUGAUGGGUUGACCUUUUUUCUUGCACCCAUUGACUCCGAAAUUCCUCCUAAUGCAGCUGGUGGUUAUCUUGGAUUAUUUAGCCCUGAAACUGCUUUAAAUGUCUCUAAACAAAAUCAAAUUGUUGCGGUUGAGUUCGAUUCUUAUCAGAAUCCUUGGGAUCCUAUAUUUGAUCAUGUGGGGAUUCUUGUUGACUCCAUUGUUUCUGUUGCUAAUGUUACUUGGAGAAAUGAUAUUACAAACGGUGCAGUAGUAACUUCAUGGGUGAAUUAUGAUUCUGCUUCUAAGAACUUGAGUGUGUUUUUUACUGAUGCGCAGAAUCCGGUAAGUAGAGGAGUUUAUAGCCUUUCAUAUACUGUGGAUUUGAGAGAAGUUUUGCCUGAAUGGGUUCGAAUUGGAUUUUCUGCUUCUACUGGUACAGCUGUCGAAACAAAUAGCAUUCUUUCUUGGGAGUUUUCUUCAAGUUUGUGAGAGAUUACCGAUGGGAAAGGUAAAUGAAGAAAAAGCAAAAUUAAAUAAAAAUUAAUUAGCUGAUAUAAUACAAGAAUAAAGUUUUUAGGGUUGAGAAAAUUUCAGUGGUUUGGUUUGUUUAAGUAAUGAGUAAA